AUGAGAUCUACGUCUCUUCUUGUCCUUUCCUUCGCAGCUCUUGCUCUCGCAAAUUCUUACAAUCCCCACGCUACAAGCAAUAAGGAUCCAGCUCAAAAUAGAAACUUCUUCCGUCACAAUCAUCGCCGCACACACCGUCCACUGCUUACAACCGAACAAAGCAUUACCGCUUCUGCCAAAGUUGACAAAGCCACUGGUAACAUUGAAGUCGUGACACCAGCUGCUGGAUUCCAUCGAACUCCGAAAAACAGAAUCACUCGAGGACUUCCCGAGCAGAGCAGCAACAUCCCCCUGCUCGUUCAUGGUGCAGGUGUUACCGACAACAGCAAGGCUCAUAUCACACAAAAGGAUCUAGACAAGCAUCAUCGUCGCCGCACUGCUCAUCCACUGCCUACAGGCAAAACUUCCACUUCUGCUGAUGCCGGGAAAGUUACCGGUAACGCAGACGGAGUGACACCAGCUGCUAAGAAAGCAGCCAUCCUGCUCACAGGCUGGGUCGGUAGACUUACUCGUAGACCCUCCACAGCAAAGCCGGAAGCAAGAGCACAUCGAACGCAUGCCGCUGUUACUGGCUUGGCUCCUGUGAUCACUGCUAAGUCGGGUCUUCAUGCUACAGAUGACUCCGCAUGGCUCAAAAGACACGUCACAAUAGCAGCCUAG